AUGAAUCGUCGUACGUAUGGCAAUAAUGGAAGUGAACGUGAAGGAAGUUCGUUUGGAAUUAUCACGGAAGCACUUGAAAUGCAACGUCAAAUGUGUGAUGAAGCCAUGGGACUUGUAAAUGCUGGGGUUGCGAUGCAAAAUGCAUCACCUCCUAAUAUAAAAGAAGCGGAACGUAAAUUAACACGUGCUGUGGAUAUUAUGGAACAAGCAUUAAGUAUACGAUAUCGUACAGCAGAUGAAAAAGACGCAGCCGAUCGUUUGAAUAAUAAAAUGAUGCGUUAUGUGAAAAUGAUCAAAAGUCAACGUGCAAAGAGCGUUGUUGGUACGACGGGUUCAAAAGGACGGACAGUGCAUAAACACAAUAUUUUACAGAUGGAACGACUGCCAGAAGUGUAUACUCCCGUCAUGCAAUUACUGAAUAAUUCGAGUCAAUUGGGUGAUAUUUGUGAAACAUUGAAACGUACUUUUGGGUUCCAGGACAGUAGUGUCUUGAAUCAAAAGGAACAUUUACUCUUACUACUGACAAAUUUUAAAGAACAAAGCAGUCAGGACGAUGGAAAGAAGAAGAAGAAGAAGAAGAAACAGGACGAUACGGAAACCAUUGAUGACUAUUUACGUCAACGUGAUCCUCAACUUGAGCUCGACUUGGCGACCAAGGGAAUUGCACGACUACACAGUCGUGUGUUUGCCAAUUAUAAGAAAUGGUGCAAGUUUAUUUCCCAAAAACCCAAGUUCUCGAACGAUCCGCUGGUGGAUAUUGUUUUGUUUUUCCUCAUUUGGGGUGAGGCAGCUAAUUUACGUCAAAUGCCAGAGUGUCUGUGUUUCUUACUGCAUUCAAUGUUACCGAAAGUUAAUAGUGGGGGCAACGAAGAGCCAGGCACGUUCUUGGCCAAUACGAUCCGCCCAAUGUAUGCCGAGGUUCGUCGUGACAGCGACAAAAAGACGAGCAAGGGCGCACGUGCAGCCCACCGCGAUAUUCGUAACUAUGAUGACUUUAACGAGUUUUUUUGGACGAAGAAGAGCUUGAAAUACGACUAUAGCAACGUUGGUGAGGCUUUUGCCAACUAUGAUAAGAAGGGCCGUCCCAAGAUUGUCAAGAAGACAUACAAUGAGACAAGAAGUUGGGCGCGUGCAAUCGUCUCAUUCCGCCGCAUCUUCUUCAUGAACUGUGCAUUGUUCUUGGCAACGCUGGGACUUGCUAUUGAUAUUGUGCUGUACUGUCCCGACUCGACCAUUAUGUAUGGCGAAGACGUACAGCCAGCUGCUUCUACGGAACCUCUUGAAAUUUUGGGCAAGAAGUAUGCAGCGCCAACCGACUCAUCGCCAGUGGACAACUCUGACGAUUUGUCGAACGAUAUUGUUGCGGACAGUGGUGCCCAGUGCUUGUAUUCCAAGUUGGCAACAUGUUUGGGUGUGGAAUACUUCACAUCGGCUUCGGAUACCUUUGGCACCCUGCCUCAAGAUUUUAAACAGCUUCUGGAGAUUGUGCCGUUCACGAACUGUGUCGAAAAAUCAGUUGACAGGUGCAAAUGCUACCACGACCUGAUUGACGGUUGUUUUAGCGACACUGGUAACGCUGAUCAAGUUUCAACUUCUGGAUCUGUUGCGACUGUCGCAUACGACCAGAGCAUAUGUGCUCCAUCGUGGUUAGAACAGAUUAAUAGUAUUUUGGACGACGAAGGUGAUGGUUUGCUAAACUGUGGCAGCUGCCAAACGGAUAUCACGACUUUGGCCAAGAAUCCGGCUCGCCUUGCUACAUUGCUCCAGGGUUUAAUGGAUUUUAAUCGGGCCGACCAGGGCGUGAUGGCUCUUCUUGGCGGCGCUGCCAUGAUUGGUCUUGUGUGCGUGUGUGAGCUACAGAACCGGUUCUUUUCUGGCAUUGGCAUGGGCUUUGUGGGCCGAUCGAUGCCUGUUCCUAUGAAGACGUACUGCCGUUAUACAUGCUUUUGGAUCGUAUUGUACAUUUGCAAACUGAUGUUUGACUAUCAGUUUGUGGUAAAAGCACUGGUAGAAACGACACUCUUUGUAUACUCUGCCAAUUCGACGGACUAUCUCAAAUAUUCUCACUUCAUGCUGCAGUUUACAUACCAUAACGUUAUCUACAUCCUGUUCCUUUGGAUUCCAGCGUGGAUGGUCUUUCUCUACGAUGCUCAGAUUUUCUACUCCGUUCUGUCUGUCGUUUACGGUUCGUUCGCUGGUUUCAACCUCCGCAUUGGUGAGCUCCGAUCAUUUCGUAUUCUUCGUUUGACGUUUAAGUCCAUCCCUGGCGUGUUUAACCGCAAGAUGGUGCCGAACAUUGUUGAGGAGAAGGCGAAAAAAAUGAAGAAAAGAAACAAGAAGAACAAAAACGAUAGGGACGAGAUGGCCAUGCCUCUUCGUCGCUUUGAACGAAUUUCGAUGUCUCAGGGUGCUAAGCCUUUGACGGUGAAAUCGCAAAAGUACUCAAGCUUACUGGAACAGCGCGAUGACGAUGAUGUUUACAGUGAGAUGAAGACGCCUAACGGUACUGACGAAGACCUGUCAUCACAGUCGAGCCGCACCUCGAACAUUGGCUCCAUCACGGGUGUGUCGGGGGCGGAGUUCGAACGUACGAUUCCGUUUGCGAUGGCAUGGAAUCGCUGCCUGACCAGUUUACGUGAAGCUGACGUUAUUAGCGAUCGUGAGCUGAACGUUCUGAGUUAUUUGAUUGAUUCCAAGGAUACGGUGGGCCGCAAGCUUUAUCCACCUGCAUUCCUGACGGCUGGUAAGCUGGAUGAAUCGAUUGAUAUUGUCCUCGAGUGCUCAGCGUUAUAUGAGAAGUUGAAGACUGACAAGAAGAAAAAGGACAAGACGCUCCAAAAAAUUGAGACUACUAUGCGCGAGCGUCUGACAAAGGAUGACCUGCGUGUAGAAUCGAUUAUGGGCUCAUACAAGUUUUCUUCCCAGGUCUUGCGCAUUUUGCUUGGUGAUGAACACAAGGAGCUGGAUGACUGCUACAACUUUAUUGAGGAAAUGGCAUCGCACCAACAGAUCCUGAAGGGCUUGAAACUGGACAAUUUGUACCUUUGCCGCGCUGCUGCUGCUGAACUCAUGAAAUCUAUUCUUGAGGUGCCAAAGAAGUCGACCGAAAGUAGCAUUAAGUUCCAGCGCGCGCUAUACAAAGUAAUCGACUCGGUGGAGUCGGUGAUCAACUGUCUCAAGAUGGUGCUGGCAAAACAAGAAAACCUGGUGCAGAUGCUGAAUGACACUCCUUUGAAGCCGAACUCGUUCUUUUUCCCAGGUGAUUCUCAGCAUUACGCAAGCUUACAGUUGCAGAAGAUUGUAAACGAUGAAGCUGCUCUGGACAUUGUAUCGCGUGCAUAUCAGCUGUUGACAGUCGACAACUUUGAUGCCGAGCCACGCUCAGAAGAGGGACGCCGUCGCUUGCGCUUUUUCGCCAACUCUCUGUUUAUGGACAUGCCGGAGGCAAAGCCUAUUCGCAAGAUUCGAUCGUUGACUGUUUCAACGCCUUAUUACAACGAAAUUGUCAUGUAUUCGAUUAAGGAUUUGACUGCUCAGAAUGAUGACUGCAUCAAGUUGUUGUACUACUUGCAAACUAUUUACCCGUUUGAAUGGGAGAACUUGUUGGAACGUAUCCAGGCAAAAGACAUGAAUGAAGCUCUAAAGAAGAAUCCUGAGGAAGUGCAGCUAUGGGCAAGCUACCGUGGCCAGACGCUUGCUCGUACCGCUCGCGGCAUGAUGUACAACGAGGAAGCAAUUCGCUUUUUGCACUGGUUGGAAAUUGGCGAGAAUGAGCCGAUGCACCAACUGACGUGCUCGUGCAACAAGUGCUGCAAGCUGAAUGAGAUGGUAAACCUGAAGUUCAACUACGUGUGCACGUGCCAGAUUUACGGAAAAAUGAAGGAUGAACAGAAGCAGCAAGCUCAGGACAUUGAUUUCUUGCUUCGCAAGCAUCCUAACUUGCGUGUUGCGUACGUGGAUGGUCCGAAGAAGGUAAAGGACGGUCCUCCUAAAUUCUUUUCCGUGUUGAUUCGAGCCAUGGAUGACAAGAUCGUCGAGAUUUACCGUGUAGAGCUUCCGGGCGAUCCGAUUGUUGGUGAAGGCAAAGGUCGUGACGUGGGUAUGCAGCAGCUGGCUCUUUUUGAGGCCAAGCUGUCUUCAGGUGCUGGUGAAGCUGUGAUUUCUCGUGAUGCGAUGCGCAUGGCUUCUCGCCUCGAUUUUUUCCGUCUACAUUCUUGGUUCUAUGGUAAUUUGGGUUGGUACUUUACACAGUCCAUGACUGUUGUGGGAGUGUACUUUUUUAUCUAUGGCAAGGUGUAUAUGGCGUUGAGUGGCAUGGACAGCUACUUCCUUGAGAAUGGUGGACUAGGAAUUGCUGGCACGUUGAACACAUCAUGGGCGUUCCAGUUCGGUUUUCUGUUGGUGGUUCCCGUUAUUGCAGUAGUUGGCGUAGAGCAGGGUUUUCGACAUGGUUUUACGUACCUGUUGUGGAAUAUUAUGACGCUCGGCCCCAUCUUCUUCACAUUUCAGAUGGGCACGCGCAUGCACUACUUCGACCGCACGCUGAUUCACGGUGGCGCUAAAUACCGUGCAACGGGUCGUGGUUUCACGAUCAAGCACGAGAAAUUUGCAGAGCUCUAUCGCUUCUACGCAUUCAGCCACUUUUAUCGUGGUGUAGAACUGCUAUUUUUGUUAUUGAUGUUCUACGCCUACGGCACGUUUUCGUGGUGUAACUGCUCAUGGCGACUAGAUGCCGAUUUCUACAACAAUGUGCAGCCGACCGACCUUGAGUGGCGAACACGCUGCUAUGAUGAUCACUAUCAGUCGUGUGUUUUACCGACUAACCAGAACUACGGUGUCAUGUCUUACUCGCUGUGGAUUAUUGCAGCAACGUGGAUGUGGGCACCUUUCUUCUUUAACCCAAGUGGUCUGGACUGGGACAAGAUCAUUGAGGACUACAAUGACUGGCAAAAUUGGCUGAAAACGAACAAUGACUCGGCAGACAGUUGGUUUGGUUGGUGGUCCAAUGAGCAGGAAUACUUGGAGCACACGACUCGCGGUGCUCGCUUCAUUACUGGCGUUCGCAAGCUCCGGUUCCUGCUGGUUGCUAUCGGUAUGUACCUAAACAUGAUGUACAACGCGUAUUUUGAGGAACCGAACCGAAUUAUCACAGCUGAUGACGAUUUGUUGACGUACGCUCUGUCCGGUUUGAUCAUUGUGAUUCUCGCGAUGUUGAUAUGCUGCGGUUACGUUGCUAGCCGUGUGACCAAGAAAAUGUCGAUGAAACAGCGUAAGCUGCGCAAGAUGAAAUUCUUGCUGUCUUGCUGCUGUUUCCUCAUCUCGAUGCUGAGUCUGUCGGUGUUAUCGGUUGGCAAUUUGUUUGCGAUCUUUGUUCUGCUGAUGCUGUCAGUCUACUGGUUCAUGCAGAUGUGCAUUCUACGCCUGCAGUAUCACCACAUCGUCGUGCGUGCGUUAGCGCGUGCUUUCGACCGUGCAAUUGGCUGGAUUGUGUUUGGGCCCAUUAUGAUUGUGUCGAUGUUCUUGCCUUUUAUCUCCUCGUUCCAGCAGCGUGUCAUGUUUAACAACGCUUUCACCUCUGGCCUUGAGGUAUCGAAGCUUUUUGCACACGACGUGGCUCCGGCGCAGGUCGUCAAGGGUAGGCCAGUUAAGUCUCGCUAUUUUGUAUUUUCAUAG